AUGCCACGGGCCUCCUUGAAACGCAGCGAUAGUAUCACAGAUCUCCGUUUCACCCUCCGCCGAGUUUUCGGCAAAGACUCGUUUCGCCCACUGCAGGAAGAAGUCAUCACUGCUGCCAUUGCAGGCCAUGAUGUCUUCCUCUGUGCGGCCACCUCCUUUGGGAAGUCUCUCUGCUACCAGCUGCCCGCCGUGGUCUCUCUCGGAGUCACCGUCGUUAUUUCUCCCCUUCUGGCACUGAUGCACAAUCAAGUCCAAUCGGCACAAGAGCUGGGCAUCAUAGUUGAGUCCAUCAACGGCAAGACACCGUGGGCAGAAAAGGUCCGGAUCGAGACAGACCUCCUCUGCGGACACCCAGCUACGAAGCUACUCUAUGUGACCCCGGAACUAUGCGCGACGGACCAUUUCCGCAAACUGAUCGUCCAAAUCCAUCGUCAAGGCCAGCUGGUUCGCAUAGCCGUCGACGAGGCCCAUUGUAUCAGCGAAUGGGGCCAUGAUUUUCGGCCGACGUACAAGGAGCUGAAAUGGCUGAAGUCGACGCUCAACUGCCCUGCGGUGCCCGUCAUGGCCGUGACCGCCACAGCAACCAGCCAGGUUAGGGACGACAUCUUCAGUUUUCUGGGGCUUGAUGAUCAGACGACCAAAAGUUUCGCGACGUCGACAUCGCGCCCUAACAUCCACUACGAAGUCCAAUAUUUCUCCGAGUCGAAUCCGGAGAACGGCGAGAACGAUAUGCUGCCCUAUCUCAUGAACAGAUUGGAGUUCAUGCACCAAAGACGUCUGGCACGAUUAGAAUCACUUCUGCAAGACGAUCCGGUCGCUGCUGUGGCACCCAUCAGCGGAAUCAUCUACGUGCCCCUCCGUUCAACCGCCGAUUGGCUUGCGUCAAAGCUCACCGGGGCUGAGAUGAGAGCGCAGCCAUACCAUGCCGGGCUAGAAGAUGAGAAACGUAAACAGACACAGACAACUUUUCUCAGAUAUGCUACUGCCGAUCCCCGUCUCCUGCCGAUCAAAGACGGCCGUAGUCUCAUGGCCUCCUUCAACAUCAUUUGCGCUACGACGGCCUUUGGCAUGGGCAUUGACGUUCCAACGAUCCGAUUCGUCAUACAUUACGGACUCCCCCGUGGCAUGGAGUCGUUCACUCAAGAAUCAGGUCGGGCGGGCCGAGACGACAAAGCGGCGUCCAGUAUCAUCUUCUACACUCGCGAAGACAAAGAGCGUUGCGAGUUCCGGGCGAGAUCGGACGCAAACCGGGAGAAGAGCAAGGCCAAACGUGAGGCGAGAAUGCAGUCAUUGAAAAGCAUCGUCGAAUUCUGCGAGAACACCCACAUAUGCCGCCACGAUCUGGUGUCGCGGUACUUUGGAGACAAGGCCGGGCUUGCUGAUUGCUACUUUGCCUGUGAUGUGUGCAAGGAAGGAUCUAUUCAGCUAAAGAAGCGAAAGGAGAGAGGACUGGCCACCGAAACAGAGGCGUUCGAGUUUACUCAGCGAGAGCCUGUCACUCAGUACGACUGGGACUAA